AUGCUCCGUGGGUCCAACCCGUUGGAAACCAUCAUCACCUACGAUGACUACGCUGCAAAAGAGGUGGCCAACGGAUACGUCUUGGGAACUUUGUGGUCCUGCUCAGUCUGCGUUGAAGCCAACAACUUCGUUGCUUUCAACAUCACCUUUCAGAACUCAGCGCCUCCACCGCCGCCGCUUAGUAAUGUGACAGCCAAUGGUCCAAUGGCGGUGGCCCUCCGCAUUUCCGGGACGAUGGCUGCAUUCUACAGCUGCCGUUUCAUUGGAUGGCAGGACACCCUCUAUGAUCAUAAGGGCCUUCACUACUUUCGAGAUUGCUACAUUGAAGGAAAUGUUGAUUUCGUAUUCGGCGAUGCAACAUCCGUGUAUGAGGGAUGUGUCUUCUAUGUCAAAGCCAGAAAGCAUAGCGGAGCAGUAGCAGCACAGUACAGGAGGUCAACGACUAAGCGGUCUGGCUUCGUUUUCCUUCGCAGCAUUAUAUCAGGGAAUGGUCAGGUUUACCUGGGAAGGGCUUGGGGAAAUGCGAGUAGGACUGUUUAUGCUUGGUCCUAUAUUAGUAACGUUGUUAAAGAAGAAGGCUGGUACGACUGGGGUGAUGCAUCCAGACACAACACCACCUUCUUUGCCAUGUUUGACUGCUGGGGACCUGGAACAAAUACAAGCGGGUGGGUGCCAUGGAGCCAUGUGCUCAACACCUCCCAGGCGCAGCCGUUUCUCUCGUACAGCUUCAUUGAUGCUUGUCAGUGGCUUGGUCCCCUGCCUCAAGGAGCUGGGAACCUGACCUACCAGCUGGGCUACAGGGUGUGGUUUGAUCACGUUCCACCAGCCCCAACAUACCCCUACACUUGCUAUUCUG